GGACAGUGACAGUAAAGUGAAGGAAACAAUUUACCGUACGCGUUCGUCGUAUUGUAUUGAAAACAGUUAAUUAACGCAAUUCGUAGUGAAGUUUAAUUAAUUGGAAAAGUCAUCGCAAUCUUGAUGAUUCGUACCACUUGUUGCCAGCUACAAUGGAAAACAAUUAUUCAUUUUAAGAUCCCUAUUAGCAUGUAAGCCGCGAUAAUAUGUAACAGCGUAUACGAAUAUAAUGUACAGGCCCCCGCAAAACAGCAACAGAGUAAAGCUAAUAAGGAAGCGGUUCGAAAAUGCGGAAAACAAGAGCAAGUCUCCGGAGAGGAGCGCAAUCGACGUCAGGGAAAGGAGUAACUUAAUCAACUCGAACGGCGAAAUUGGCGAGAAAAUCGGUUUGCAGCGACAGAUAAGCGACCCGAGCAGGAGAAACAUCAAGAGAACUCCCGCUUUUAGGGUGGAGAGGAGCGCCGAUCGCCUGGGCGAUCGCAACAGCUUGUAUGAAAUCAAAGUCAAACAGUUUAGUGCCGUUAAAAACCACUGUGAUAGUAACAGCAAUAUUUUAAACAAAGAUACGAGUGAGAUUGAAUCUUCAUUAGAUGAUAACAAAGUGCCUUUAAGUAAUAAUUCGAACAACCGUUUGGAUGUUGAUUGUUUUAAAAGUAAUACCGAUAAUACCUGCAACAAUUGCCAUGAGAGUACAAACGCAAAUGCGAAUUCAAAAACCGAUUUUUCGCUGUUAUACACACAACCGAUACCUAAGGCUCUACGUAGGAACAAUUCGAAUUGCACUGAGUUCUCUUUAUCGCCUACGACUUCGAGCGAUAGAGCCAUUUCCAGUUUUCCUAAUUCACCGAUCGCCGAUAGCAAAUUCCAAACCAUCUAUAACGUAAGUACAAUGAAAAUCGAAGAUAAACUGGAGGAUUUAAAACACCGGGUUUCCUUAACCGACACCUUGAAGCUGGCGUUGAGUAAACCUUUACCCAAAGGACCGGCCCCGAAAAAACCACCCAGAGCCUUUCAAAUCCCCACCAAGGAAACUCCACCGCCCAAAUCCGACCCGAAAUACAUGCUAAACAAAUUAGAAGACGCCCUGCGAAAGAACAAACUGAAACUAAGGCGUCUCCCGGUUACCCCGCCCGAUGACGCCGAGGACGCCAGCCUGCUGCGAUCCAAGUCCAGCAGGACCCUACCGAGGCUCCCCAAUCGAGACGACAAAAGCGACUACGACUCGGCCUUCAAUUUCAACUGCCUGAACGGCUUCAAAUUCGCCCUCACCAACUACGAGAAAAUCAAGGAGCCCAAUUCGUGCUUCUUCGUCGGGAAUCCCGAGCGCAACAGCGCCCAAGAGGAGCCCGUCUACGCCGAACCGUUCCACUAUCGCAAGGAUUUCGCCGAUUCUUCGGUGGUUAUAAGAAGAGAGGGCUCUUCCAGGAGCAAACAAAGCGCCCGGAAUAGUUUGUAUUAUAUGAGCACACCAUUACUGUCAACGGAAGAAUCUCUGAUUCGCAAUAUGACCGACUCUCCUGAAGUUCAAGCAUCUGCUGAAAAUUCCUCGCUGUCCUCGGGCGCUUCGGACGUGGAGGAAUCCCCCGGCAUCCGCACCCUGAUAAAAUGCUACGAAUCGAAGAGCUCGCCGACGAACCGGAUAGAAGACUUGAAAAUCACGCUGCAGCAAACGCUCGAUAGCAGCUUCGGCGCCAUCGGCGUUAGAGAUACGGACUCGGAAAAUGAGAGCAAAGUCUCGGACAUCAUAAAAAAAUUCGAGACCUACAGACAGACGAUGCCCAAGUAUUCAUCGGUGAAAAUCGGCAAGGAGAAGCUCUUCUACUGUUGCAUGAUCAUAGAGAAAGUGCGCGAUAUGGCCAGCAUCAAAUUUAAAUAUCCCAGAAACGCGGACGUUCCGCAGAGUAUCGAGCAUCUUUGCUUUCCCGAAAGCGAUAACGCUACGCUAGAUAUGUCGAAUCAAACGCAGAAUUAUUCGUUGUUGAUAACGAAUGAUAAAGGGGAACGGACGUUCGGUUAUUGUAGAAGAGUCCUGCCCGAAGGGUCCACUUGCUGCUUGCCUCUGGCUUAUUGCAUUCUGAGCAAAUAUCGAGCGCCCAGGUUCUACAAGAAGAUACUGAUUGAGCUGGAAUCGAGACACGGCCUUCCGAACAAAUACCGCGACGAGCUGAUCAGCCAAUUUUACAACCAGAAGUUCCCCAAGCCCGGCGAUUCCAUUAGAAUCAACCUUACUAAUAUCGAACCCAGUGUUUACAAUAAGACUGACAUUGAAACUAGUAUUAAGGAAAAAUUCGAAGAAUCCACCGAACUAAUAUCCUACGUGCAAGUAAAUCGAACAGGAGAAUUUUUAGGUGUCAACAAAAACGGAGCGCACGUUGAACACAUUUUCAUCAACGAACAGGACAUUAGGAAGAGCUGCUCCACGCCCAGUUACAUAGUACAAACCAAAGAAAAAAACGAGCUGGUGUUGACCCUGCACCCGGACACCAGAUUCGAGGACUCCGAUCUCAAGCAACUGCACGAGCUCCCCGCCGAUGUGUUACUGAAGAUUUUUUCUUCGCUGUUAUUGGAAAGGAAAGUCGUACUCAUCAGUUCUAUGAUAAGUAAGCUUUCUUCUUGUAUCGAUUCUCUUCAAAGUAUACUCUACCCGUUCACAUGGCACCACACUUGCAUACCGAUCCUCCCGGAGUCUUUGUGGGAUAUCGUGGAGAGCCCGACUCCUGUGAUAUGCGGAGUUAUGUCGACGCGAGUACUAGACGAGUAUGUUAUUGAAAACGGGAUUGUAAUCGAUUUGGACAGCAGGACUGUUCGAAAGGAAGAAGGCGAUGAAAAUAAAAUCCUGGCGAGUAGCAUGCAGAAGGUUUGGAAGAGAAGCCUGGCGUUGGCGAGUAAAGCCGCGAGUUCGAUGGAAUACGUCCAGUCGGUUUAUCUUAGUGAUGCCUACUUGCAGGUGUUCAUUCUUUGCUUCAAAGACUACAAGAAGUACUUUAGGGAUGGUGUUUUUCUGAAAGAGGAAUUUCUGAAGAACGCCAAAACGAAAGGGAUGAGGCGAUUUCUGAAGUUGUUUACUGAAACCUACAUGUUCCUGGCGUUUGUCGAUACGGUUACUGGUACUCCGGAAAAUCUGGAGGAGUUUGACAAGAAAAUAGAGAUGUACGGAUCAGAGGAGUCUAAUAUCAUUUUAGAUAAAUUACUUGAAUGGAAUCGGUAAAUGCCAUUUUGUUACUGAUAGUAUUAUUAUUUGUUAAGUGUAAAGCCAUUUUGAUACUGUGUACUCG